AUGGGAACAAGGAUGGAGGUGGCACAGCUUGAGAGCAGAAUGAACACUGAAGACUAUGGAAAGCUACAGGGCCUUUUCCUGGACCCAUCGGGUGCACCUCGCUCCUUGUCCAGAACUGAAUUCAUCGAUCUGGCUUGGUCAUCAGUUGGUCAUGGCUCCAAGGAGGAAUAUGGCCUCCUGUUUGACAGCGUGGUUGUCACUCAGGAGCACCGCGGCCUUCUCCUGGACAUCGACGCCGUGAAGGAAGAGGGACGUGUCGACUGGGGAGGCCUGUGCUCUUUUCUGCUACUGGAGCUUUCUGAUAAAGUGAAGAACACCAGAACCAGUAGUGUCCCUUGCUGGAAGCCAGCACACAUUUUGAGCUGUCCGCACCGAGACCCGGUUCAAAAGGUGUUGUACCUACAGAGUUCAGGUCAGUAUUUGACUGUGAGUAAGGGAGGAACUGUGGGGCUGCGGGACAGAGAGGACAUGUCCCUCCUGAACACACAUCGACUUCAAAACAGCACGGUCAAACCCAAAGACCUCUGGGUCACAGACAUGGUGCUGCUGCACAAUGUACACAAGAUAGCCGUGUCUUUCACCAGUAAGGAGGUGUGUUUUUAUGACAUUCUGUCAAAACAGGACUUCAGCUGCAAGUAUAAACUCCAGGGUUUGAAGUUUACUCCCUGGUGUCUAGACUAUUGGGUGGAUCCCUCUCACCCGGACCAGGCCGUCCUCACCAUAGGAGACAUUGGAGGACAGGUCAGUGCUUUAUAUUUUACCUCAGCUCAGAUCUCUCUGUUUGAGAGACUCAGUCUGAGGACGGACUCUGAUUCAGCAGACAUCAUCCAAUGGAAUGAGCUGGUCAAAGGAAAGCAUCCCUCCUGUUACACUGUGACACACCAGGUGCACAUGCCUGCCUGGGUUAGAAAAGUAUGUUACCUAGGCUCGCUGGAAGCCUUCGUUUCGUGUAGCACCAAACCGCAGAGCAGCAUGGUGAUCGGCUGGAGGGAAAAGGAAAGCAGGAAUCUACGAGUCACUUCGUUCUUUACAAAGAGAGGUGUGUGGGACAUGGACCACCACCAUGGACUCAAUCUGAUAGCCACAGCAGGUGUGGAUCAUCAGGUCUUGCUGUGGAACCCGUAUGUGACCUCAGAGCCAGUUUGUAUGCUCAGCGGGCACACAAGCUCCGUCACCGCAAUUCGCUUCAUGCAGACAAAGCAGCAAUUGCUCAGCUACUCCAAAGAUAAGGUCCUGUGUCUAUGGGAUGUGUCUCGUCAGCUGUGUGUUCACCGUCUGGCCGGUGUCUUCCCAAAGACGCAGGAGGAAACGCACACCCUCCUGUUUCUCCACGAGGAGCGUCAACUCCUCUUACUUUCCUUCAACAGCCUGCUUCUCCUGCUGGAGACCACAAAGGAGGAGAGGAGGACCAGCAGUCAUGAGCACCCUGUUACCUGUGUGCUGUAUAAUAGUCUGUUCAGACAGGUAGUCAGCAGUGACUCUGCCUCCUCUGUGAUCUGCUGGCUGGCUGACACGGGCCAAAAGGUCAAGCAGUUCCACCGCUGCCAUGGCAACGCUGAGAUCUCCACCAUGACCCUGGAUGGUACGCAGACCCGGCUGUUUACUGCAGGCACUGACGGAGAGGUCAAAGUGUGGGACUUCAAUGGCCGCUGCCUCCACAGAAUGAACGCCGGCCUGGGUCGGGCUGUGGAGAUCUCACAGGUCCUGCUGCUGAGGAGGAGUAUACUGGUGAUGGGCUGGGAAAGGAUGUUAACAGUUUUCCGUCUGCAUUCCUUCUCAAAAUCUUUUGUUGAACCAUCAGAGUGGAAGGGAGGUGUUCAGCAUCGCAGUGAUCUGCUCUGUGCCGCAUUCCAGCCUCCACAGACUCUGGUCACAGGAAGCUAUGAUGGAGAGAUUAUAGUGUGGAACAACAGCACAGAAAAGGCAUUGAGGAAACUGGGGCCACAUGCUGAACACAGAGAAGGUGGUGCAGACUUGGUGUCCUGUGGAGGUUCAGGUGUAGUCAGACUCUGGAACACCUUCCACAGCCGCCUGGUGGGACAGUUCACAGCUCACAAUAGGGACCUUGGGUCUAUUGUUACGACUGUCAGCCCCUGUGGAAAAUAUUUAGUCACAGCUGAUAGGGAAGGAACACUCAAGACUUGGGACAUACAGCAUUAUUGUCUUGAUCCAGAUUACGGAGUAACCAAAGAACCUCCAAAACUACUGUGUAGUUUUCGCCCACACCUUGAUCGUGUGACUUACCUGGAGAUGUGUCUCCAUGGCGACAGACUCCUCCUUCUCUCUGCAUCAUCGGACUGCAGUUUGGCUCUUAGCUACCUGCCUGGAAAUACCGUCGGUCUGUUCGGACAGGAGGAGCAGUGGUGCUUGGAGAGACCUGGACCUCUGCACCAACAGCAGGAACCAGAGCGGAACAAGAAAGACCAGGGAGGGCAGCAAGGGAGGAUGUCACCUCCCUGA